GCGCGGGGCCGUGGGGAGCCGGCGCCGGGGCCGGGGCCGGGGCCACCGCCGCCGCUGCCACCACCGCGGGGAUGCCGCACUUCACCGUGGUGCCCGUGGAGGGGCCGCGCCGGGGCGACUACGACAACUUGGAGGGACUGAGCUGGGUGGACUACCGCGAGCUCGGGGACCCGGACGACUCCGUGGGCUCGGACGGUCACAGCAAUCACAAAGAGAGCAGCCCCUUCCUCAGCUGCUCUGAAGCUACCAAAGGAAGCGAUUACUAUGAUAGGAACUUGGCCCUGUUUGAGGAAGAACUCGAUGUCCGCCCAAAGGUGUCAUCUCUCCUCGGGAAGCUGGUUAGCUAUACCAACCUCACCCAAGGGGCCAAAGAACAUGAAGAGGCUGAGAGCGUGGAGGGCUCUCGGAGAAAAGUAUCAAAAUCACCCAGCAUGGGCACCUUGAUGGGCGUGUACCUGCCCUGCAUGCAGAACAUCUUUGGGGUGAUCCUGUUCCUUCGACUGACCUGGAUGGUGGGGACGGCCGGCGUCCUGCAGUCCUUCCUCAUUGUCCUCAUCUGCUGCUGCUGUACCCUCCUGACAGCAAUAUCCAUGAGCGCCAUCGCCACCAAUGGGGUUGUUCCAGCUGGGGGCUCCUAUUUCAUGAUUUCCCGAUCUCUUGGACCUGAGUUUGGAGGAGCUGUGGGCCUGUGCUUUUACCUGGGUACUACCUUUGCAGCAGCUAUGUAUAUCCUGGGAGCCAUUGAGAUCCUGCUGACGUACAUUGCCCCGCCGGCUGCCAUCUUCUACCCGACGGGGGCUCACGACACCUCGAGCGCCACCUUGAACAACAUGCGAGUGUAUGGGACCAUUUUUCUGACCUUCAUGACCAUGGUGGUGUUUGUUGGUGUGAAGUACGUCAACAAAUUCGCCUCGCUCUUCUUGGCCUGUGUGAUCAUCUCCAUCUUGUCCAUCUAUGCCGGCGGCAUCAAGUCCAUUUUUGACCCUCCGGUGUUUCCAGUCUGCAUGUUAGGCAACAGGACUUUGUCCCGGGACCAGUUUGAUGUUUGUGCCAAGACCACAGUGGUGGACAAUGAGACCGUGGCCACAAAGCUCUGGGUUCUCUUCUGUCACACCUCCAAUCUCACCUCUGAGGGCUGCGACCAGUACUUCCUCCUCAAUAAUGUUACUGAGAUUUCUGGGAUCCCUGGAGCCGCCAGUGGAAUUCUCCAGGAUAACCUGUGGAGCAACUACCUGGAGAAGGGGGACAUCCUGGAGAAGCCGGGCAUGCCCUCUGUCGAUGUCCCUGGCCAGAAGAGCAGCCUCCCACUCUACGUCUUUGCCGACAUUGCCACGUCCUUUACGGUGCUGGUGGGAAUCUUCUUCCCCUCCGUGACAGGCAUCAUGGCUGGGUCAAACCGCUCCGGAGACCUCAAGGACGCCCAGAAAUCCAUCCCGGUGGGGACCAUUCUGGCCAUCAUAACCACCUCUUUAGUGUACUUUAGCACUGUGGUGCUGUUUGGAGCCUGCGUCGAGGGGGUCGUCCUCAGAGAUAAAUACGGUGACGGGGUGAAUAAGAACUUAGUGGUGGGCACGCUGUCCUGGCCCUCUCCGUGGGUCAUCGUGAUUGGCUCCUUCUUCUCCACGUGUGGUGCCGGCCUGCAGAGCCUCACGGGAGCGCCCCGCCUGCUGCAGGCCAUCGCCAAGGACAACAUCAUCCCUUUCCUGCGGGUGUUCGGCCACGGGAAGGCAAAUGGAGAACCAACGUGGGCUCUUCUUCUGACGGCCUUCAUCGCCGAGCUGGGCAUUCUCAUCGCAUCUCUCGAUAUGGUGGCGCCCAUUCUGUCCAUGUUUUUCCUCAUGUGCUACUUGUUUGUCAACCUGGCCUGCGCCGUUCAGACGCUUCUGAGGACCCCCAACUGGCGGCCCCGAUUUAAAUAUUACCACUGGGCCCUGUCCUUUCUAGGGAUGAGCAUCUGCCUAGCCCUGAUGUUCAUUUCUUCCUGGUACUAUGCCCUGGUGGCCAUGCUGAUUGCGGGCAUGAUUUACAAGUACAUUGAGUAUCAGGGAGCCGAGAAGGAAUGGGGUGAUGGCAUUCGGGGCCUCUCCCUGAGCGCUGCCCGCUAUGCGCUCCUUCGCCUGGAGGAGGGGCCUCCACAUACCAAGAACUGGAGGCCUCAGCUGUUAGUGCUCCUGAAGCUGGACGAGGACCUCCACGUGAAGUACCCCCGACUGCUCACUUUUGCCUCCCAGCUCAAGGCUGGCAAAGGCCUGACCAUCAUUGGCUCUGUGAUCCAGGGCAACUUUUUGGAGAGCUACGGGGAAGCCCAGGCAGCUGAGCAGACCAUCAAGAACAUGAUAGAGAUCGAGAAGGUGAAGGGCUUCUGCCAGGUGGUGGUAACAAGCAAAGUGCGGGAAGGUCUGGCCCACCUCAUCCAGUCCUGCGGCCUGGGGGGCAUGAAGCACAACUCGGUGGUGCUGGGAUGGCCCUAUGGCUGGAGGCAGAGCGAAGACCCCCGGGCCUGGAAAACCUUCAUCGACACCGUGCGCUGUACCACGGCUGCCCACCUGGCGCUGCUGGUGCCCAAGAAUGUUUCCUUCUACCCCAGCAACCACGAGCGCUACAACGAGGGCAACAUCGAUGUCUGGUGGAUCGUCCACGACGGUGGCAUGCUCAUGCUGCUGCCCUUCCUUCUGAAGCAGCACAAGGUCUGGCGAAAGUGCCGCAUGAGGAUCUUCACGGUGGCCCAGAUGGAUGACAACAGCAUCCAGAUGAAGAAGGAUCUGGCCACUUUCCUGUACCACUUGCGCAUCGAAGCGGAGGUGGAAGUCGUGGAGAUGCACAACAGCGACAUCUCCGCCUACACCUACGAGCGGACACUGAUGAUGGAGCAGCGGUCACAGAUGCUCAGGCAGAUGAGGCUGACCAAGACGGAGAGGGAACGGGAGGCCCAGCUGGUCAAGGAUCGGCACUCUAUCAUCCGGCUCGAGAGCCUGUACUCAGAUGAGGAGGACGAGGGGGAAGCCAGGCCCGAGAAGGUGCACAUGACCUGGACCAGAGACAAACACGAAGCCGAGAAGUGGAGCCGGAGCAAUACUCUAGAAAACUUCCGCGAGCUGAUCAGCAUCAAACCAGAUCAGUCCAAUGUCCGGAGGAUGCACACGGCUGUCAAACUGAAUGAGGUCAUUGUCAAUCGCUCCCACGAUGCCCGGCUGGUCCUUUUGAACAUGCCUGGUCCUCCCAAGAACAGCGAUGGAGAUGAGAACUACAUGGAGUUCCUGGAAGUGCUGACAGAAGGCCUGGAACGGGUGCUGCUGGUGAGGGGUGGGGGCCGUGAGGUCAUCACCAUCUACUCCUGAGCCGGGGCCCCCCGAUGGGGCCUCUCUGGUCAGUGAAGGACACUCCAGUGCGAAAUGGACAGCCGCAGCUCCUGCCUCCCUUCCUGCCCACCUCUCCCACCCCCAACGCUGUCCCAUCCCAUUUCCACCCGCAGGCUGAAGCCCCCAGCCCCUUCCACACUACUCACCUCUGGCUUCACCUUCUGCCCAGUGUCCGACUUUGAAACUAAACUUGUAGAUGAGGGCUCAGUGCAGUGUGUUAGCGAGGGGCCGCAGGGAAGGCUGUUCCCCCAGCCCCCUCCCCACCUCCCCGCCCCACUUCUUCCUGACCCCUAGACCCACUAGGCAGCAGGAGGACAUGGUGGAAGAAAUUCGCAUGGGCCCCUAGGCCCGCUGGCCACAGAGACAGGAAUCAGUGAAGCUAAGAGAGAUGGGAAUUAUGUUUGCAGGUGGCCGUGGCCUGCUGGGGACCGCGCCCUAUUUAUUUGUGUAUUUAUUGGUCAGGAAGGUUGCAAGGGAACAAGAGAACAGAAAGACAGAUGCUUGGGGGGAGGUCGAGGCUACUCCCCUGACCAUGGGCACGUCCCUGCCCUGAGGAGCCCACCCGGCCGUGAGGGCCCAGACUGUGCCAGGGAAGCCCCCAUCGGAUGCACCUGCUCUUCCUCACCAGCCGGCCUCAGGGACAUCGACUCUGCCCAGGAAACAGAAGUGGACAAAGCAGAAGGUCCCUCUGAGUUUGGGGUUGUUAUUUGUUUGUUUGUUUUCCCAAUAAAACGUUGUUUACUGACUUC